CAUGACUAAAGUAAAGAGAAAAAGUAAAUAAUUUGAAAUAGGCCGGGACUAACAUUAGAGUAUUGUUUGUCAAGCUUCAAGGUGAAAAGUGAUCUGAGUCGGAGUAAACUCCAGUAAACAGCUAAGAUGAAAUAGGUAGAGACCAAGCAGAAGAGGCACAUCCCGCUGUUCGUUUGCACCAUCGCCCAUUGAAGGCCAAUACAGUUAGCAAUUACUACCACUACCAGUGCUUGCAUUAGUUGCUGGGCGAAGGAGGCGACGACACCCAGCGGUGCAGCAGCAGCGUCGCCAUGUCGCUAUCCGGCAAGUGCACCACUUCGCCAGCCACUUGCCUGCGCAUCUGUACGGACGUAGCGGCGACAUUCGAGCGCCAGACUCCCGUCGAGCGUGACAUGGAGAAAGUUCUGUCGGACCAACUGGCGCUCAGCCAGCUGAGCAGCGCGGAAAGGAGUAUUGUGCAUGGAUGUGGCAAGUUCUACGAGCGCCAUCGUCCGGCAAUGAAUGCCGUUGUGGAUACAUUUUACACAUUGGAAGCUGGUCGCCUAGCAUCACGCGCCGACUACUUCAUGUACAUAGCUCUGCUUGCUAUCGUGUUGGACCACUGCGGAAAGACGUCUUUCGAAUACUUCCAGAAGAUCGUCGCCACAACGCGUCCGUACAAGACCAUGAAAUUUCUGGCAGAGAUAUUUCUGAUGGGUGAUGAUGAGAAUUGGCUGGAAAGCGUGCUGUGUCGGCACUUUGAUGAGCAGUACGUGGCAGAGUCCUUGAUGCCAGCACUCGAAGAAUGGAAGACUAGUGGCCAAGGUGUUGCCAAGAAGAUGCAAGAGGAGCAGGACAGGUCUCACAAGUCUGUUCAUCAUUCGACGAAGGCAACGGUACCCACCAAGCCUGAGCCGUUCAAUCUAACCCAGCCACGGCCAAGGCCGACAAUGGUGGCGGAUCAAUACGAGAAGCGCUCUUACUGCAAUCCCGUUCCCGCCAGCACCCAUGCAACCAAGUUUGUACUGGUGAACGCAAAAUCAAAGGGAAUCGCCGGGGCCCAGGAAGGGGCAUUCAGAGUAAAAACAUCUGUUGGUUCUGACCUACACAGACCUGCAAAGCAGAGUUCUACAACAAAGGAUGUUGGAAAAUCCAGUGCAAGAGAUGUCAGGAAGAAUGGCAAAGCUGGCGGUAACAUUGGCAGGGUCGCAGAGGCCAGUAGCCAAAGCAAACCAAAAGAAGGCUGGACAAACGUCACGACACGAGACGUCCCAGCAAACUUCAAAGCGCAAAAGAUCCCCAACCUCAACCCAGAGCAUCCGGUGAAGUCAACAGCAGCAUCCAUAAUGCGAAGCGGUGCAUUAGCAAUGCGGCGAGAGAAGGAGCAAGCAAAGAAGUUUGCUGAUCUAGCUGCAGGUGGGGUUGAUGAUGAGGGCUUCCAACGGCUGAUGAUGGAGAAGGAAGCACAGGAGCUUCACCAGCGACUGACUGACAUCGAGAAGAAGCACUUGGAAGGAUUGCUCAGUUUCGAGCAGGCUGUUAUCGCUCAGGAGACAUUGAAGCUGGACCGCCAUCACCUUGCGGACACGCUCAAAGCCGAGUCUGAAGAGCUCCUUCACCAGAUGGCACUGAAGCGCAUGGAAGAGGAAGAGGAAAUGAGGCGCAUUGUGGACACCAUACUGGAAGGGCAUGAGCAUGCGCGAGAGGCAAGGGUAAAGCUGGAGCAGGACAACAAGGAAGUCGUGAAGAAGUUCAGCCAGGAAAAUGAAGAGCUGCUGCAGAAAGCAAAGGAAGAGGCCGAAGCAGAGCGGAAACGUCGCGUGGACCUGAUCAUGCAGAUCAGGGCGAUGGAGAGUGUCCCCGUCGAGCGCUUCAAGGAAUUUGAUCGGCUAACGUCCGGAGAUCAUGGCCUACUGAUUGAGAUGUCCGUGGCAGGGCUGCAAGAGAGACUCGGUGAGCUGAAGUUGGUCGCUCAGCACGAAGAGGAACAGCGGCGGCAUACAAUCAAAGAGGACAAAGAGAAAAAGACGGCCAUGCUGAAAGAAACGGAGCAAGCUGCAAUCAUGCAUCUCGAGGAGUACAACAGAGCAGAGAACUACAGAAAGCAGCAAAGAAAGGCAUUACGCAAGAAAGCAGCAGAGAUCAAUGAUGACGGUGUAUCUAGCCUCCAGCAGCAGCUUGAGCAAAGGAGACGCCAGAAAGAAAGACUGAGAGAUGAGGUGAAGGCAGUCUCUGUGCAGUCAAGGAACCGGGGAUCGAAGCUGGCAGACUUACCGGACACGGAACAAGCACCACAGCCGUUGGCACUGAAUACGUCAUCAGUUCGUCGGCCAACGAGCCUGGGAGCAAGCCAACAGAGAAUAGGCAGCAACAGCAGCUGGGCACGGUCAUCAUCCGCAGUCGAGCUAACCCGAGAGGCCAGCACCGGCCACGUCGCCAAUCACGCCUUGGCGACACACACCGACCUCUUUCCCACCUCGCAGAGCAAAGCAGGGCUCACCAGAGACAGGGGACAGCGGCGAGAUCAGACUCAGGCGCUACAACCGCCAGCCCGGCCGCUUGCAACAAAGCGUCUAUCUAGCUAUAAAGUCCGCUAGGAUACGGCCAUGAAUACUGCGCUUGUUUAGCUGUUACGAUACCCAAGACAUGGCUAUACCAUUCCUACGCAUGAUGCAUCGUACUCGUAGCAACCCAGCCUUGAUUUCCUCUCUUGAUUCUCCCGUUGAGUUUCCUUAGUCAUUUCAUGUUAUGGUUAUACUUCAAUUGAGACAAGCAUAGUGUGUCUGAUCAGUCCUUUUAAGUUUUAUUGAAAAUGUUCCAUAAUGUUUAAAAAAACCUCCCUCAAACUAAUGAAAAACACGAUUGAUCACAAUUCAACGGCAAUAACCAUCAAGAGUCAAUAGUGUCACUGCUGUAAGGUCUGUCAUCAUCGACAGCGAUGCAUGUAUAGCCGCUGACAAGUGUUGUGCUUCACUGAUCUGCUAGUAUGCGAGUGAAUGUAUGUGCAUGAGUUGUAGACUCCGAACCAGUACCUAAAUGUAUAGCCAAGCUCUAGUGCAGUCAAUCAGACUUACUGACGACAGAAGCUUGUUCAGGUUGGAUCACUUGCCUGAGCAGCUUCCGACAUUCUGGGCCGUGAUCAUAGAGCAGUCACAUUUGCUCUCGCUCCAUGCCGAAUGCGCCUCCUGGCACAGGACUCAUACCGCAGCAGAAUGCCUCCAGCGCACACACACUAGCGGAGUAUGAGAUGUGAUCAAGCAAUGGGUUGACCUGAAUGCAUGACUGGAUGAGAGGGUUCAGUCCAGUCUGGUGCAACAUACGGCCGCCAGCCUUUUGUGGUGCCAGAACCAAGAGGGAAAGCUCGAUUUCAUCCUCAUUGUCCCAUCGCACGCACUGAAUGGCAUUCUCUGAUACAAAUUCAGACCUUGCAAAGUCCCCAGUAGCGCAUGAUGCGAGGACACAGAUGAACUGAUCAUUAACACAUGCUGGUAGUUAGGUCACUGAAAACAAUCCCACUAUCAAUUGUUCCUCCAAUCUCUGCCCGGCGGUCUGGUUACGACAAUGUAAUGAGGUACAUGGUUCUUCCUAGGCUUUUCCGCUGUUUGGCGUCGCUUUCUCUUUGCUCUGCUCAUCCAUGCAAGCUUUGAAUUGCUUUACUUCCUCUUGACAAGCUCGCCAAUCUUUCUUUUCAAACAUACAGUCCUGGAGCUUGAAGUGGAACUCUGAGCAGCCCGAACGCUGCAGCAUCGUAUCAAAUGGAUCUUCUUCCAUAUCCUCAAGCUCUUCUCUGAGCACGGUCUUCACUUUCCCAGCCAUUUUCAGCAAUACGUUUCUCGUCAGCAGUUCUCUUUUC